UUUGACAUCACGGCGGAACCCAGAACCCGAACAAAGGACCCAAUUGUAACAAUGAGGACACUUCCGGGAUCCCCGAGCCAGGCGUCUCUGCGUCACACGUAGACGCUGCCUACGGAUGUGACGUCAUCUUCUGCGUCAGCGGAAAGUGUGUGAAGGCACUGUGCGCGUGCAAGCAGCACGUGCAGCUGAAAAAAAGCUGAUUUCUGGGUUAAAGUCGAACUUUGUGAUUGGGUUGCCUGGAAACAGAACCGGAAGUGCUUCACAGCUGCAGCAGGUGACCUGGAGCAGCUGACAUGACGCAUGACAAGAAGAAGAAGAAGAAGAAGAGGAAGAGGAGCGGCGUGCCGGACCGAUGGUUGGAUUACCGCCCGGUGGGUCAGCGGAUCACGGGGACGCGAUUCAUCGCCUUCAAGGUGCCGCUCAAACCGUCCCUGAACUGCAGAGUCCCCGAGUCAGACUCGUUUAGUCUCUGGGACCUGCUGGACCAUCUGAAGAACCAGAACCAGGAGCUGGGUCUGAUCAUCGAUCUCACCUUCACCACCAGGUACUACAGCCUGGCCGACGUGCCGCAGUCCUGCUCGUACAUCAAGAUCCUCACCGAGGGGCGCCAGGUUCCCUCCGACGGCGCCAUCCUGAGCUUCAAGCGGGUCGUGAGACGCUUCCUGAGGGAGAACCGAGACAAUGACAAGCUGAUCGGCGUCCACUGCACCCACGGGCUGAACCGCACCGGGUACCUGGUCUGCCGGUACCUCGUAGAUGUGGACGGGCUGGACGCCGCGGCAGCACUGGAGCUGUUUAACACGUGCAGAGGUCACCGCAUCGAGAGGCAGAACUACCUGAAUGACCUGCAGGGCGGCGCCAAGAGGAGCAACGCCAGCAUCGACGAGCUGGAGGAGGAGGCGGCUACAGGGCAGUGUGCGGAGAGGCCGCUGCAGGGCGCCGCCGCCACGCGUCUUACAGAACAGAGGCCGCUGCAGGGCGCCGCCGCCACACGUCUUAUAGAACAGAGGCCGCUGCAGGGCGCCGCCGCCACGCGUCUUACAGAACAGAGGCCGCUGCAGGGCGACCCGGCAGGUGAUGGACCACCGAGGAACCGCCGCCGUCGAAAACCUCGACAUCAGCGGCAGGCGGCCCAGAAGACUUGUGACGGGCCGGGUUCCCCUCAGAGCCGCCUCCCCCCGGCCCCUCCCACAUGUGACCUGACAGGAAGCACUCGGACGCCGCAGACAAACCACAAAGACUCAAAGUGAACAAAGUGAAAAUUCAUGUUUGUAAUUUCUGUAAAGAAUCACACAAACAAUAAAACAAAAUAUUUUAUUAACAUUUAAAAAUGUACUUCCUGUCACCACUCCUCCAUGACAGGGAGGCCAUGUUUGUAGUUUUUACAUGUUACACAGAUUAAAACAGUUUGAACCAAUCAGCAUCCUCCGUCUCUGUGAAGUGAAACUAACUGCAGUUCCUCUAACGUCCACCUGAGGCUGGCUCCAGAAGUGAGUCAGUCUCCUUAAGUCCCCAUGUCCAAAUGUCCAACUUCUUUAAAGUUAACGUUAAAGAAACUUUUUAAUGAACAAACUAAAACAUGAAGACGUUUUUAUU